ACACACUUCUUGCCAGCACAUCACAGUACUUCACCUCGUAGUCUCCGCAGUUGGGGUUUAGAGACAACUGCAACUCCGUUAAUAACAACACAACACUCAAAACCCAAAACACUUUAUACUUUCUUCACUUCGAACUCGCACUUCGUUUCCCUCUCUAUCUCUCCGCCACGCGCCACCAUGUCAGUCUCACACUCCCUCCAGCUCCGCCUCUUCACCCCUCCCCCCACCGCCAUUCCCACCCACAACCACCUCCCUCCCCCCACCCUCCUCCUCCCGCGCGCCGCCCACCGCCGCUUCCUCUCCCUCCGCGCCUCCUUCUCCCCGGAAACCCUGGUCUCCGACAACAACGGCGCCCCCUCCCCCCCGCCCCCCUCCGAUCCGAGCUCCAUCGAGGUGGACUCCGUCACGGAAGCCGAGCUCAAGGAGAACGGCUUCCGCAGCACGCGCAGGACCAAGCUCGUCUGCACUGUGGGCCCCGCCACGUGCGGCUUCGAGCAGCUGGAGGCCCUCGCCGUCGGAGGCAUGAACGUCGCCAGAAUCAACAUGUGCCACGGCACCAGGGAGUGGCACAAGGAGGUCAUCGACCGCGUCCGCCGGCUCAACCACGAGAAGGGCUUCGCCGUCGCCAUCAUGAUGGACACAGAAGGCAGCGAGAUUCACAUGGGCGAUCUCGGCGGCGCUUCCUCCGCCAAAGCCGAUGACGGUGAGAUCUGGACAUUCAGUGUUAGAGCCUUCGAUUCGGCUCUUCCCCAACACACCAUCAAUGUCAAUUAUGAAGGCUUUGCCGAAGAUGUGAAAGUGGGGGAUGAGCUUUUGGUGGAUGGAGGAAUGGUUAGGUUUGAGGUGAUUCAGAAGAUAGGUCCAGAUGUUAAGUGCCGUUGUACUGAUCCUGGCUUGUUGCUGCCGAGGGCCAAUCUCACAUUCUGGAGGAAUGGUAGUUUGGUGCGAGAAAGGAAUGCCAUGCUUCCUACUAUUUCUUCCAAGGAUUGGUUAGACAUUGAUUUUGGUAUUUCUGAGGGUGUUGAUUUUAUUGCUAUUUCAUUUGUCAAGUCUGCUGAAGUUAUUACUCAUCUUAAAAGCUAUAUUGCUGCACGAUCUCGUGAUAGUGAUAUUUCUGUCAUUGCAAAGAUAGAAAGUAUUGACUCAUUGAAGAACUUAGAAGAGAUCAUUCUAGCGGCAGACGGAGCUAUGGUGGCACGAGGAGACUUGGGAGCUCAAAUACCUUUAGAACAGGUUCCAUCUGCUCAACAAAGGAUUGUUGAAAUUUGCAGGCAAUUGAAUAAGCCUGUCAUUGUUGCCUCUCAGCUACUUGAAUCCAUGAUUGAGUACCCUACACCUACCAGAGCUGAAGUUGCAGAUGUUUCUGAAGCAGUCAGGCAACGAGCUGAUGCUUUGAUGCUUUCUGGUGAAUCAGCCAUGGGCCAGUACCCUGAGAAGGCCUUAACUGUUUUAAGGAGUGUCAGUUUGAGAAUUGAGAAAUGGUGGAGGGAAGAGAAACGCUAUGAAGCUAUGUUGCUCCCUUCGGUUGGGUCUUAUUUUUCAGAGAAGAUAUCUGAAGAAAUCUGCAAUUCAGCUGCUAAGAUGGCCAAUAAUUUAGAGGUGGAUGCACUUUUUGUGUACACAAAGACAGGGCACAUGGCAUCUCUAUUGUCACGCUGCCGUCCUGACUGCCCAAUCUUUGCUUUUACUACCACUCCAUCUGUGCGUAGGCGUCUGAAUCUUCAGUGGGGCUUGAUACCUUUCCGCCUGAGCUUCACAGAUGAUAUGGAGAGCAAUCUCAACAGAACCUUUUCAUUGCUCAAGGCCAGAAAUCUGAUCAAAUCAGGUGACCUUGUCGUUGCCGUCUCUGACAUGUUGCAGUCAAUACAAGUGAUGAAUGUUCCUUGAGAACAUGUUCAUUUCUUCUGAAAGCCAACAUAGCCGUUUGUUCAAAACCUGGGAUGCUGCUAGAGGACUAAAAUGGGGCAGAGACUACACGAAUGAAUUUUGUCGUUCUGUCAUUUUAAUUUAUAGGACGCUACUGAAGUUUGGGAGAGUUAAUAUUAUGGCCUUGAAGUUCUUUAUUUUAUUGCAUACACCUUCAAGCUCUAGAUGUCUUUUUUAGUCGAGUGAGAUAGUAUAGCGUAGUUACCCUUUUAAAUUGUAAGGCACAUAUGCAUUUCCUAUGUUUAUAUCAUGAUAUUAGCUGUCCACUUCAAUGUUGACUAAAAUGUGAAGGUUGCAAUAAGGAUUCCAUUGUAGUUGCCUAUCAUUAUGCACAAUGUAUUUGUCCUGUGUAAACUAAAUGUUACAGUGCAUAUCCGCAGCAGUUAAAUGAAGCAGUAUUUGGUACAGCAA